AUGCAGCAUAUACCGUCCGAGCGCCUUUUGGCAGCUAAUAAAGGGAAUACAGUCUGCAAAGACUUCAAAUAUCUUAAAUGCCUCAAAGACAAAGCAUUAAUAGGUCAUGUGAUAAGGAGUUUCUAUGCGAGCAGCGUUGRUAAGUGUCAGCAUAGCUGCUAUGUGCAAACCGGUUGYGUGUCGUAUAACUUGGGUCCAGUCACAGGUGCAAUAAGAUGGUGUGAGCUGAAUAGAUAUGAUCACUCGACGUCUCCUGCACUCCUUAAAAUCAGCGACAAGUCAGGUUAUGAGUAUUGCCCAAUAAAGAAUCCCUGUUCAUCCAACCCCUGCAUUGCUACGAAGCUUUGUAAACCAAGCCUCGAUUGGUCGUCUUUCAUCUGCAGGGAAGGCGUAUGGGGAUCCUGGGGAGCUUGGGUGCAGUGUCCAUGCCCUAAGAGACGUAAACGAGCCUGUCGUAAUCCACUGACAAAUGGAGAGGCRUCAGAUUGUCCUGGUUCAAAUGAAGAGACAAAACCAUGCUUAUACACUUCAGMGUUUCCAAACGAAGCUUGUAGUUCCCCUCUGGGAAUGUUCGAUAGAAGUAUCCCUGACGCAAACAUUCAUGCCUCAUCCUAUUACACUUGGAUGGAUUCGUGUAAACCCAAACAUGGUCGUCUUCACGACUGUUCACGUUGGGCUGCUGGAUGGUGUGCRAAAACGCUUUGGCCUUUAGGAGGCCAAUAUCUUCAGAUAGACCUCGGAGUGGCUAAAAAAAUAACCAAGGUAGCUACUCAAGGACGUCAUGGCGUAACUCAAUAUGUAACUAGGUACAGUCUUUCCUAUAGUAACGACACGGUGACAUGGUUUGAGUAUUCUGAAAAGGGCUUGAUGRGCAUUAGAAAGGUUCGCAAAAUAACCGUAAUGUAGACAUUGAYUAUUUAUUA